AUUGUAUCCUCUUCUCUGCCAUUGCUAUUGCCAUCUCUCCUAACAUCUUCAUCAUGUCACUCGCCUGUCCUCGUUGCGCAUUGCGCGCCUCUCGCUCGUUAUCAUCUCGUAGCGCCUUCCUUGCCAAUGCCAGACGAACACUGCCUUCACGGAGGUGGCAGUCCACUGAUGCCGCAACAAGCGUCAACGCUGUCACAGCCAACCCGAAAAUUGACGGCAUCGUUGAUCAAAUAAGCAAGUUGACGCUGUUGGAGACGGCCGAUCUCAUCAAAUCGCUCAAGGAGAAACUUAACCUUCCGGACAUGCCCGUUGGCGGCUUCAUGGCUGCUGGUCCUGCCGCAGCCGCUGUGCCCGCUUCUGCAGCUGCAGCAGAAGAAGACGAGCCCGCCCCUGCAGCAGCCGAGAAGACACUUUUCAACCUCAAGCUCCAAUCCUUCGAUGCAGCAUCGAAACCAAAAGUCAUUAAAGAGAUCAAGAGCUUGCUGGGUUUAAGUUUGGUAGACAGCAAGAAGUUUGUUGAAAGCGUCCCAAAGAUGAUGAGAGAGGGUGUGCCUAAGGAAGAAGCGGAGAAGAUUGUUGAGACAUUGAAGGCACUGGGCGCGGUGGCAGUCAUGGAGUAGACAUUCUUGGGUUACUGUAUUACACAAGUCAUCUCCAAAAGUAGAUGCAUGCGCAGUCCUAGAAGUUCUCAGGCUUCUUCGGAUGAGUCGCUCGUAGGACAUUGAUUGAGACAGACUUGGAGACUUCAAAAAGUACAGAGAUAGCAUCAUGUUCUGUUACCUGUAACAUAUGGUGGCAUUAGUAUCUGCUUGUCAUCGCAGAUUUGUACAAUUCACAAAAUUUUGUACGAUUCCCGUGGAAGUUGUAGAUAAAACAACGCGUUUCCGAUCUUGACUCUGAAGACAAAAUCUGGUCACAAGGGAGCGUAGAAAUAUUUUAACAUCUGCGAAGUAUAGAUUACAUCUGGAGCAAUUCCAUUUGAUCUUCACCUCGCUACUCGUCGUUUGAUGUUAAGCUUAUCAGCGCGCGAAGCAAGUCGACCGUGGCAUUGUAAAUUUCGAUGCAUGAUCACGCAUGCAAGUGGAAUGAA